CUAGGCUGAGAAUGAAUGGCAUUUUGUACCUAUGACUGAUGCAGACACAGGUCAAUUAUUUGAUUUUUCUUACAUUAAAUAUUAUAAUUUUCUUUUGUGACAAUAUAGAAUUAAUUGGUAUGACCUAUGACAAUUUCAUGAGUUCAUGAUUUAUUCAAAGAGUUACUUGUACAAUGCCAUGCCCUGUCUUAUAACAUGCUAAAUUCACAUCCUGCCAACAUUUUAUUGCUUUGAAGAUUGUUUUUAAAAAUUGCUAAAUACUUGCUGUUGACAGGAAACAUGUGGUAAGAAAGGAUGGACCCGAAAAAUGGAAGUUCUUUCACUGGCUUUAUCCUGCUGGGUUUCUCUGACCGGCCUCAGCUGGAGCGAGUCCUCUUUGUGGUUCUUCUGAUCUUCUAUCUGCUCACCCUGCUGGGAAACACAACCAUCAUUGCGUUGUCCCACCUGGACCCACACCUGCAGACUCCCAUGUACUUUUUCCUGUCCAACCUAAGCUUUCUGGACCUGUGUUACACGACCAGCACUAUUCCUCAACUGCUGGUUCAUCUCAGGGGAGCAGACAAAUCUAUCUCCUUUGCUGGCUGUGUAGCUCAGCUGUUCAUUGCUCUAGGGUUGGGAUGCACAGAAUGCAUUCUGUUAGGGGUGAUGGCAUUUGACCGCUACGCAGCCAUCUGCAGGCCCCUGCACUACACAGUGAUCAUGCACCCCUGUCUCUGUGCCCUGAUGGCCUCUGCAUCAUGGUUCACGGGUUUUGCCUACUCCUCAUUGCAGACGGUGCUCAUUUUUCUUGUACCACUUUGUGGGAAGAAUAAAAUAGACCACUUCUUUUGUGAGGUUCCCCCAUUGCUCAAGCUUGCCUGUGUUGACACCACUGUGUAUGAGUCUGAGAUCUUAUUUUUCAGUAUGGUCUUUCUUUUCAUACCUGUGGCAUUAAUCACAUUCUCCUAUGGUCAAAUCAUCAGAGCAGUGUUAGGAAUAAAGUCAGCCGCAGGACAGAGGAAAGUGUUUGGGACAUGUGGGUCCCACCUCACCGUGGUCUCCCUGUUCUACGGCACGGCCAUCUAUGCUUACCUGCAGCCCAGCAACAACCAUUCCCAGGAUCAGGGCAAGUUCGUUUCUCUCUUCUACACCAUUGUCACCCCCACAGUCAACCCCUUCAUAUAUACCCUGCGGAAUAAAGAUGUGACGGGUGCAAUGAAGAAGGUGUUCUGUUGGGACUAUGACUCCAGAUGACUGGGGUGAAGACUCUUUGAUGGAACACUUUGAAAGUCAGAGGCUUUAUGAUUGUGUGUCCUUUACGUGUCGUCCAACAUUUCCCCUGACAACUCUCAAGGGAAUUUCCUUACCUCAUUCUUCUUUUUAAGUAAUAUUUUCGGUUUUAAAACUUUUUAAAAAAAAGUUUAUUUAUUGAGAGAGAGAAAGAGAGAGAGAGAGAGAGAGAGAGAGAAGAAGAGAGAGUGGAGGAGGAACAGAGACAGAGGGAGAGAAAGAGAGAGAAUCCCAGUCAGGGUCUGCAUUGUUAGUAGAAAACAUGAUGCAGGGCUUAAACUCAUGAAGUGUGAGAUCAUGAUCAGAGCCAAAAUCAAGUGUUGAAUGCUGAACAAAUUGAGCUAACCCAGUUUCCCCCUUACCUCAUUCUUUUAUGCAAUGAAUGUUCAAAAUCCAAGCUCACGGAUUCAUUGCAACCUCCAGAGAGGCUGAUUUAGUGUCCCAGUGCAUCUCCAUCAUAUUAGCAUUUUAAAAAUCUGCACAGGUUUUUCUUAUUUCAUCCCCUUUUGGGUGUACUAUUCUAAUUGCCAAAGCCAUUUAGGUCCAUAGCAUAAAAGGCGUAGUUAAAAUAAGAAUAGGAACCACAAAAACAGUGUAAGAAAUUUUAACAUUUUAGCACUUUCUAGCAAUUUCCGGAGGCAUAUCACUUAUUCUUGCAUUUGAUCAUGGCUCUGUUAGAAGGUCUGUAAGUUGACUGUGUCACAGCUUCUUCACAGAAUUGGUGGGCAACCACGGGAUAGAUGAAAUUUAGCUCAGAGGAAAUCCUGGGAACACCAAUCUUGACACAGUCAUUCAGAUAUUAGGCCCCAGUGUGACCGUACCUGUGUGACAGUAAUUUUACAUAGACUUCAUGUCAUAGGGGGCGAUGGCAUGAUGCACUCAUCCCAGGGACAAUGGGAGCAUCAGGUAGCAAUACAGCAGGCGGUGCUUAUGUGUAAUGUGUGUAAUGCUGUGCGAUGUGAGGUGUGCACCUCGCUUGAAUUUAUGAUGAGCCACCUCAUCCAUUAAAAAUGACUUUUGAGUGGGCACCUGAGUGGCUCAGUCGGUCGGGUGUCUGACUUCAGCUCAGGUCAUUAUCUCAUGGUUCGUGGGUUCAAGCCCUGCUUGGGCUUUGUUCUGGCAGCUCAGAGCCUAUAGCCUGCUUCAGAUUCUGUGUCUUCCUCUCAAUCUGCCCCUCCCCCGCUCUUGCUCUCUCUCAAAGAUGAAUAAAUAUUAAAAAAAAUGACUUUUGAGGACAUUGAAUGACACAAGUCCUAUUUUAUAUUCUUUUUUUCCCCUAUAGUAAUGCAGCAAAUGUUUCAAGGGUAAAAUAUAUUUAGAUCCUUUCUUCAUACCAAUUUACAAAUUGUUUGAUAGAGGCCUGAAGUGAUGAAGGCUUUUGUAUGUCACAUCUGCCAAAGAUUCCAUACAAUUUGAAUGCAGGGAUAUAUUAUAAAAAUAUGAAAAAUGACCUCCAUUUUCCAGGAAAUCCCAUGUUCUUUGGAGCUUGUUUAGAUUCACCAGGAGAAAAUUUAAGGAAUGAAUAAAAUGUAUAUUAAGUGUUAAAAAUCUCAAUAUGUCUAAGCUUUACAUAUAGCCAUCACAUUAUGAAAUAACAUACAGUUCUGAAUGAUGAAUAAUAAAUAUAAACAUCUCAUAACAAGUGAAUGUGACAUUGUAGCCUUUAGAUCUUAAUUAAAGCUCAGUUUGCAUAUAAAUAUAUUUUGUGUUAUGGAUCUGCGUUUUUGUACAUAUUAUUUUCAUGAACAGUACAUUUUUUGUGGUUCCAAACAAAUUUUAGGAUUGUUUGCUCUAGCUUUGAGGAAAAUGCUGGUGCAAUUGUGAUUGGGAUUGCACUGAAUGUGUAGAUUGCUUUAGGUAGUAUUGACAUUUUAACAAUAUUUAUUCUUCCAAUCCAUGAGCAUGGAAUGUUUUUCCAUUUCUUUUUAUCUUCUUCAAUAACUUGGUUAUUGAUGAUAUGCUGCCAUAUAAACAUUGGGGUGCAUGUGGCCCCCUCGAGUCAGCGUUUUUGUAUCUUUUGGAUACAUACCUAGUAAUGCAAUGGCUGGGACAUAAGGUCUAUUUUUAAUUUUUUUGAGGAACCUACAUACUGUUUUCGAGUGGCUGCACCAGUUUGUAUUCUCACCAAUAGUGUAACAGGGUCGCCUUUCUCCCCAUUCUUGUCAACAACUGUUGUUUUCUGAGUUGUUCACUUUAGCCAUUCUGACAGGGGUGAGGUGGUAUCUCAUUGUGGUUUGGAUUUGUAUUUCCUUGAUGAGAUGUUGAGCAUCUUUUCAUGUGUCUAUUAGUCAUCUGAUUGUCUUCUUUGGAAAGGUGUCUAUUCAGGUCUUCUGCCAAUUUCUUUUCUGGAUUAUUUGUUUCUUGGGUUUAUUAUCUGAGUUUGAUAAGUUCUUUAGAGAUUUUGUAUACUAUCCCUUUAUCUGAUAUGUCAUGUGAAAAUAUCCCUUCCAUUUUUCAGAAGCUUUUUAAUUUUGUUUAUGGUUUCCUUUGCUGUGCAUAAACGUUUUAUUUUGAUGAGGCCCCAAUAGUUCAUUUUUGCUUUUGUUUCCCUUGACUCCAGAGA